GUCAAAGUUAAUUAUUUACGCGAAAAUUUUCACUCAUAUCAACAGAAAUUUGUAUCAAAUUUGCGAAAAUUCCGUUUUUUAUUCGGAAAAUUGUACAAAAUACCGUUUUAUACCAACUAGUUGUGUUCACUAAUUUAUUAAUCUACUAAAAACCUGAAAAUGGCCGAGCAACCUCCAGCGCAGGACGACCGUCGGCUUUGGCUGGGCAACCUGGACAGUCGCAUUACCGAAAGUUCGACAUGCUGUUCCACCGGUCCGGACCGAUGGCCGGCUAUCCGCGGGGGUACGCCUUCGUGACGUACGACCGGCAGCAGGACUCGGAACGGGCGCUGGAGAUGCUGAACGGCAAGCAGAUCGGGGACAAACACAUGGUGGUGCGCUGGGCCAAGAACGUCAACCGGGACGAGAUGGAGCGGGCGAAGCCAAAGAUACAGAUUCCGGCGCUGGCUGGGGGCUCGAAGGCGGGCGCCGGGGGACCUGUGAGUCAGCAGACCAAGAUUCAAGCGUUGGAGGCGAAGCUGAAGAUGAUGGAGAGCAGGUCGGACGAUCUGAUCAUCAAUAAGAGCGUGGUGGGGGAGAGGCCGAUCAUCGAGCGAUAUCAGUAUAAUAAGAACGCGCCGAACCAGCAGCAGCAGCGGUCGGAUUCGAUGAAGCAUCGGCAUCAUGGGCCGGGUCGGGGAGGGUCGCGUCCUGGACCGUACAAGUCGACGCGGUUCAAGUAGUGAGCGCGGGGGGAGUUUCUUUCCGGCGGUUUUAUACAACUUUUCAAGAUCUGCGUGUGUGACGACUUUUUUUACUCUGAGACAAACUUAAGGUUGCUGGAAAUACAAACUACUCUCAAGCAA